ACCUAAAUUAAUUACCUCCCUUACCAGGUCCUUAUCGGUCUAAUUAAAGUCAAAUGUUUUACAUAUUUAAAGGCUAACCAAAAACACAUAAAAUGCAGAAAGCAGCGGAAAGGGUAGAGGCAAUGUUCCAGAAGGCAGAUUCUGAUGUAAACAGCCUGUCACAAAGACUCAAGUUUGAAUUUGAGAACAAUGAAGAGCUGCAACAGACAAACCCUGCAGAGUUACUUAGCAAAAUCAGUGAUGUGAAGAAGGAGUAUUCCUCUUUAGUGAAGCAGGUUGAAGCAAUACAAGAAUCACAGAAGGAAACACUGGGAGAGUUCAGAGGUCACCUGAAUGAUGUGUGUCAACUGUUGCUUACUUUACAGACUAACACAGGAAUGAUGCCAGCAGAGAAACCAGAGGAGCUGUGUAGAUUAGAGACAUUCCUAGGUAGUGAGUUGCCCUGGGGUCAGGAGUCAGUCCAGUCCUCAUCUGGUUCAGGGGACGGACCAAACACAACAGACAAAACUUCAAGAGAUGAGGUGACUCCUGAGAAAGGGGAACCUCUCAGUAACGCAGAUGCUGCCGAGUGUCAAUCUUGUUCAUCAGACAAUGAAAUGUCACCUUCACACAAAAGAAAAACUACAAAUGAGUAUGUUGAAGUGUCUGAACAGGAGUUUGAGUCAGUUUCCUCGCUGAUCAGGGGUCGUGUUAAACUUACAGAAGUCAACAGCACAUACAAAGUUUUGUGGAAUCAUUUCAAAUCAAACAAAGAUUGUAAUUUACUAUCUCCAGAUGAACUACAUAAAAUGGGUCUCAGAGUCUCAGGGAUAACAGGACAGGCUAAACUGAAGGUACUGAGGGCUCUAAAGUUGUUAAAACUGUCAACAAAAGGAGAUGUAAUUGCAGUAUUUUGAUCCAGAUAUCAAGAUCACAGGACAAUGGUGCAAUCACAAAUUAUAGUGCAAAAACUCAGAAUAUUCUGUAACAGACAAGUGGUGCAAAACAUCUGUACAUCAUAAUCACUUUCAUCAUCAAGAACAGUGCAUAUUCAGACUUGCUCAAGAAAUCACUGGUUAACUAAGGGAUUACUGUAGAUUGUAAACAUAAUUUUUGCAUUACGUUUAUUUCCCAGUUUGAUAGACAUUAUACAUAUUUGGGAUGAUAAAAAUUUGUAAUUCACGGUAGUUUUUGUGGAUAGGUAUUAGGUAAUAUCUGGAUAUAAUGCAGCUUAUUAUUCAUAUGUGUUUUUAUUCGCGUGUCACUCUGAUGGUGAAAUAAGCAAAAAUGAAACUAAUAUGAGCCGUGCCAUGAGAAAACCAACAUAGUGGGUGUGCGACCAGCAUGGAUCCAGACCAGCCUGCGCAUCCAAUUCCAAUAGGCUUUAAAAGCGAACAGCAUGGAGCCUGACCAGACUGCGCGGAUGCGCAGGCUGGUCUGGAUCCAUGCUGGUCGCAAACCCACUAUGUUGGUUUUCUCAUGGCAUGGCUCAUAUAAAUUUUACCUAAUAUACAGUAUUAGUUCGUGAUUGCUGUAAAACAUGAAUGCAGAUUUAGGGUCAGUACUUGACCUGCAUUUUAUAUCUCGUGCAUUUUGUUGAGCAUGUCUGUUUAAGGUUCUCUAAUUGUUGCGGAUACGUUAUAGUUGUUAAAGAUGAGUGCCACUGUGUGAAAACCAGCAUUAGGGCUUUGGCACCAAAAAGGGUCCAGAUCAGUGCAUUUCCAUACUUUAAUCUUAUCACCUCAUUCAAAUGAGUGUCAAAUGUGUCAGUGGUUUUUGUACUCAUCGACCCGUCUUCUCUCUCUCUCAAAAAAAAGAUCCCUGGCCAUUUCGCUUACAUUUUCAAUGCUUGCAUGGCUUAAAAACACCGGAUAAGUCAAGCAAUUUGCUUAUACUCUUGCGACUUUGAGCGAGCAGUAUUUUAUUGUAUUUAUAUCAUAAUGGAUGACAAGAACAAACAACAAGGACUAAAGUUUUCAAGUUGUAAUUUCAUUUUUCUAAACAUAAAAGUUGCAAGAUUUGUUUUAAAAAGAUGAUUCUAUAAUCAGAUCUGAUGUACAUUUAAAGUCAAUUUUUCUUUCUUUAAAUAUUGGUUGGUAUCUUUCACGUAGUGAUGCUAAAAUGUUCCAUUCCACAUCUGUCAAACCACAACAGGUUAGGAGCAGUUCUCGUAAAUCUAGUGGAAACAAAAAAUAUAGUAGAAAAAUUGUUUAGAAAAUUUUGUAAGCCAGAAUGUUAUGUAAUAUUAAAUGACAGAUAUCUUUAUCUUAAAACAUCACAAACCCUGUUGAAAAAGAUAGUUAUAACUUAUUGAAAAAGAAUUAUUGAAAAGAGAGUUUUCAUUUUAAUAAAAAAAUCUUAGUUUUUAUCAAAAAUUAUAUGUCUUAGUGAUUAGCAGCCAACAAAAAAAUAUAAUUAGGUGUAACAAUAAAAGAUAUAAAAUUUCAACAUGUGCAUGUGACCUGUUGUGGUUUUCAUAGAACUGAGAUUGGAAAAUUGAAAGUUUAAAAGUCAAAUCGGUGUAGGCGAAAAUCUGUGCCACGUUCUUGUAAGAUUUGUGAGUAAUGCCGGCGCAUGUGUUCAAGCUCCUCCUCUGAUACUAGCUGACUCGAGAUGCCACAAAAAGUCACAUGCAGCAUGGUUAGAUCUGGGAAAGGAAAUAAUAUGAUAUAAUGAUUAAAACUAUGGCAUUGUUCAUUUCCGUUGGUAUGAAAAUUCUUGGCUUUGGUCAAAGCGGCUAACUUGUAAGAUAUGGGAGGUCGUGAAUUUCAAAUUUUGAAGAUACAUGUUAAAGGAGUGGGAAGUUUACUUAAUACUUGGGAGUUAAUUUUGUGGAUAAAAUUUAUGAAAAUUAAUUUUCCAUGAAAUAUUUAGGAUUUCAUAGCAUAUAUCACGGAAAAGUAAAUAUUACUAAAAAAUAAGUUGAAUUACUGUUACAUGUACACUGAAGCAUUGAUAACUUGGAGAAGGAUAUUGAAAUUUUUCUAUGUAAUUAUAUUGUUGAAAGCACUUGCAAAAAUUUUACUUUGAUGAUCUUUAUUUUUUUUCUAGAAUUAGAGAAAUACUAGAUUUACUUGCAUUUCACCUUUUCAUGAAAAUUUGCAUUUAACCUCUUUAAAAAAGUUGAGAAAAAAUUAAUGGGCUUAUUGUAAGAAUGAAUGAAUGUUUGGCAGAGAUGCAUACUGCAUAAGAAGUUUCAAACAUUCCACGUGCAUCAAAAUCUAUUUGUUAUGCAGCCCCACUUCUUAUCAUAUACUAUAUGAACAACAUGUAAUCAUUUCUUUUUUCUUGCAAAAUUAUUUGCAUUUACACAUAUGUAUAGGAAAAAUUUGAUGUAAUUAUUAAAAUUAUGAAAAUAAAUUGUAUAAUAUCUCAA